AAAGUUUAAACAUUGUUGUUAGUAAUCAAUGGAAACAAAGUAAAAACAAGAAACUUAACCAGAACAAUGGCCGGCUGUUAAUUCUCAGAUUACAAUGUGAAUUUGGCGCAUGUAAGGAACCAUUUCGUAGUAAUUUAUCUGAAUCUCACGCUAUAAAUAUCAAUAUCAAGAACGUACUCAGAUCAGGUAUCCCAGUGUCUUCAUCUUUCUUGCCAAAGAAGGAACGAAGCUCGAUAAUAACAUGGCCAAGAACGCUUCCUUGUUUGUGAAGAUGGCAGCAGUACUCUCACUUUUCCUGUUGCUCGUUGUGUUGUCAGAAAGCAGAUUCACCCUAACCGAUGGUGUCCAGAAGGCAAAAUCAGCCCUUGUGUGUAGCCAAGUUGUCGGUGUUGAAGCUGGCGAUGAUUGCACCAUCAUUAGCAAAGAGUUUGGGAUGAGUUUGGCAUCGUUUUUGGCAAUUAAUCCCAACAUCAAUUGUGAAUCGGUCUUUGUGGGUCAAUGGGUUUGUAUUGACGGAAGUGCCUAAUUCUUCAAGCUCGAAAACUAGUGGCAUGAAAUAUCCUAAUGAAUAAAUUUCUGGAUAGACUUGCAUUUCCUCCAAUUUGAUGUUGCAGAUUUAUUUUUACUGCUUAAUUUGUACUGCUAAUUUAAUGUGAGGAAAACGAAUCGUCAGAUCGAUGAUUCAUUACCUAGAAACUUUGUGGUUUUCAAGCUUUGUGUACGUGACUUUAUACUUUAUGGGAUCGUUGUGUUAUUUGACUUAAAAAAAAU